AUGUGGACCCCUCGAGGCCAGGGAGGCAUCAUUUUUCCCCCGGGGAGCACAGAACAGAGCCGCCAUUCAGGCCAUGUGCUCGCUUUCCCCAUGUCCUCACACCUGCACUCCCACCUCACACCUGCACCCCCGGAUCACACCCGCACCCCCGACCUCACAUCCGCACCCAGCCUCACACCCACACCCCUGGCCUCACACCUGAACCUCAGCCCCACACCCGCACCACGGCCUCACAGCCGCACCCCGGAUCACACCCACACCCAGCCUCACACCAGCACCCCCAGCCUCACACCCACACCCUGGCCUCACACCUGCACCCCCGGAUCACACCCACACCCCUGGCCUCACACCCGCACCCAGCCUCACACCCGCACCCCUGGAUCACACCUGAACCUCAGCCCCACACCCACAUCACAGCCUCACACUCGCACCCCCGGAUCACACCCACACCCAGCCUCACACCCACACCCUGGCCUCACACCUGCACCCCCGGCCUCACACCUGCACCCCUGGCCUCACACCCACACCCUGACCUCACACCUGCACCCCUGGCCUCACACCUGCACUCCCACCUCACACCCCCACCCCUGGAUUACACCCGCACCCCCGGAUCACACCCACACCCAGCCUCACACCUGCACCCCCGGAUCACACCCACACCCCCGGCCUCACACCCACACCCUGGCCUCACACCUGCACUCCCACCUCACACCCCCACCCCUGGAUUACACCCGCACCCCCGGAUCACACCCGCACCCAGCCUCACACCUGCACCCCCGGAUCACACCUGAACCUCAGCCUCACAGCCACACCCUGGCCUCACACCUGCACUCCCACCUCACACCCCCACCCCCGGAUUACACCCACACCCCCGGAUCACACCCGCACCCAGCCUCACACCCGCACCCCUGGAUCACACCUGAACCUCAGCCUCACACCCACACCCUGGCCUCACACCUGCACUCCCACCUCACACCCGCACCCCCGGAUCACACCCACACCCAGCCUCACACCUGCACCCCCGGAUCACACCUGAACCUCAGCCUCACAGCCACACCCUGGCCUCACACCUGCACUCCCACCUCACACCCGCACCCCUGGAUCACACCCGCACCCCCGGCCUCACACCCACACCCAGCCUCACACCCGCACCCCUGGAUCACACCUGAACCUCAGCCUCACACCCACACCCUGGCCUCACACCUGCACUCCCACCUCACACCCGCACCCCCGGAUCACACCUGCACCCCAGCCUCACACCCGCAUCCAGCCUCACACCCGCACCCCCGGAUCACACCUGAACCUCAGCCUCACACCUGCACCCCCGGCCUCACACCUGUACCCCCGGAUCACACCUAA